GGCGGCUGUGACCGCUAUGAGCCGCUCCCGCCCGCGCUGCCGGCUGCGGGCGAGCAGGACUGCUGCGGGGAGCGCGUGGUCAUCAACAUCUCGGGGCUGCGCUUCGAGACGCAGCUUAAGACCCUCUGCCAGUUCCCAGAGACGCUGCUGGGCGACCCCAAGCGGCGCAUGAGGUACUUCGACCCGCUCCGCAAUGAGUACUUUUUCGACCGCAACCGGCCCAGCUUCGACGCCAUCCUCUACUACUACCAAUCCGGGGGCCGCAUCCGCCGCCCGGUCAACGUGCCCAUCGACAUCUUCUCCGAGGAGAUCCGCUUCUACCAGCUGGGAGAGGAGGCCAUGGAGAAGUUCCGCGAGGACGAGGGUUUCCUGCGCGAGGAGGAGCGGCCCCUGCCCCGCCGCGACUUCCAGCGCCAGGUGUGGCUGCUCUUCGAGUACCCCGAGAGCUCGGGGCCGGCCCGGGGCAUUGCCAUCGUGUCCGUGCUCGUCAUCCUCAUCUCCAUCGUCAUCUUCUGCCUGGAGACGCUGCCCGAGUUCCGCGAUGAGAAGGACUACCCGGCCUCGCCGUCGCAGGAGGUCCUUGAGGCGGCCAGCAACAGCACGUCGGGGGCUCCCGCGGGAGCCUCCAGCUUCUCGGAUCCCUUCUUCGUGGUGGAGACCCUGUGCAUCAUCUGGUUCUCCUUUGAGCUGCUGGUGCGAUUCUUCGCUUGCCCCAGCAAGGCCACCUUCUCAAGAAAUAUCAUGAACCUGAUAGACAUUGUGGCCAUCAUCCCAUAUUUUAUCACCCUGGGCACCGAGCUGGCUGAGCGACAGGGCAACGGACAGCAGGCCAUGUCCCUGGCUAUCCUAAGGGUCAUUCGCCUGGUGAGGGUCUUCCGCAUCUUCAAACUCUCCCGCCACUCCAAGGGGCUGCAGAUCCUGGGGCAGACACUGAAGGCUUCCAUGCGGGAGUUGGGGCUGCUCAUCUUCUUCCUCUUCAUUGGGGUCAUCCUUUUCUCCAGUGCGGUCUACUUUGCCGAGGCAGACGACCCCGCUUCAGGUUUUAGUAGUAUCCCGGAUGCCUUCUGGUGGGCAGUGGUAACCAUGACAACAGUCGGGUAUGGAGAUAUGCACCCAGUGACCAUAGGGGGCAAGAUCGUGGGGUCUCUUUGUGCCAUCGCUGGUGUCUUGACCAUUGCAUUGCCGGUUCCUGUUAUUGUUUCCAACUUCAAUUACUUCUACCACCGGGAGACAGAAGGGGAAGAGCAAGCCCAAUACAUGCACGUGGGAAGUUGCCAGCACCUCUCCUCUUCAGCUGAGGAGCUCCGAAAAGCACGGAGCAACUCGACUCUAAGUAAGUCGGAGUAUAUGGUGAUCGAGGAGGGGGAUAUGAACCACAGUGCUUUUCCCCAGACCCCUUUCAAAACGGGCAAUUCCACUGCCACCUGCACCACGAACAAUAAUCCCAACUCCUGUGUGAACAUCAAAAAGAUAUUCACCGAUGUUUAAUAUAAGAUACGAGUGACAUACUGUGCUAAGUAUUGUGUGGAACGUGCCCCCUUGGUCUGUGAUGCCCUUGUUUUGUACAUUUCCAGACCAUUCAUCAAGGAAAGGACCUGAAGUAGUGGAAAGCACACUUCAUUCUCCCCCUCCCUACUGCUUCACACGGAAACAGGUGCCUGUGUUGCAGGUGGGCUGCACAUUCUCUCAGCUCUCCUUUUGCCCCUCCCCCUCUCUCUUGAUUUUUGUGAUCAACAAUCUUACAUUAAACUUGUUUUCGAGUUACAUGCCCUAUUUAAAAAAAAAAAAAAGUACAUCCUGGGAGGAAAUGAAACUAAAGAACAGUUGGAGUAACUGUUUAACCUCAAAAUUUAAACGUAGUUGUUUCUUUACUAAGUAAAGAAGACAAAUAACUUCAAUGAUGCUUUAGUUUGGUGGACCCUUCAACGUUAUUUAUUAAAUAUUUAGUUCAGUUUCUACCGGCUGGGUACGUGGAUGAGAAGUCUUAACUGGAACUAUGACUGUAAACCCACCAUAAGUUUGGUGUUUGACUGGAGUUUCUAGAUGAAUCCUCUCCUCCCAGAAUCUUCAAGGUCUCUACAACUUUGAACAAAAGGAAAUACCCCAAAACGUCCUGAUCUAAUUACCUUAACUCUUUGGGGCUUGCAAUGCAUUUUGAAAGUCUUUGGACUGUCAGAUUCUGGUGAAAUUUAUGCAUAUGUCCCAGCCAACAUCUAUCAAAGUCUAAAAACAGAUGUUUUCAGUGCUGGUGAGAAACAAAAAAAUUUCCUAAUGCAUGUGAGAGAUAAGCUUCUUCAGUAUCGCAAGAAGAUUAAAGUGGCAGACACCCCUUCCAGCAGAAGUUACUAAUUCGGACCUGACUGAUGCAGUUCCCAUAGCAACCCAUGUUUCCUGGGAAACCCGAAAAAGGUUGUCAUGGCAUCUUUUGCUCUCUAGCCCCACCCCCAGCCCCUUCCGUUUCCACAGUAACCUUUCCAGAUGGUUCCUACUUAACGUGAUUUCAUAAGGAAAACCACUAUUUGAAUAAACCGCACAAAUAAAGUUAGGUCUGAGAAUCUAAGGCGGUGAAAAGAACCAGGAAAUGCAUUUUUUUUUUUGCUAUGAAAAUCAUUGAUGUUAUUCCAUAAUGACUGAAAGAAGGAAAAUAUCAUCUUUGGAAUGUUACUUGUAAACCACAAUAAGACAUGAUCUGAAUUAAAUGCCAGGUGUUAGGUAAUAAUUUUAAAAGAUGCUUCUCUACAGUUUUCUUUCCCCACGAAGUGACAAGCCAACAAAUGGAAUUUAAAAGCAAAUGUAAAAAGUGUUCUGUACAUAAGCAAAUGAGAGAUUCCAUGUUCCUGAAACUAUUACAAGGGACCUUCAGAUUUCCUCACUUUAAAAAAAAAAAUUACAAAGACAGGUCCUACAACCUGUCACCAUCACAGCACUUGAAAAGCUAAAUAAACUUCAAAUAUGUAAAGGAUGCACAUUUUUAACUGAGGGAAUUACAGGCAAUCAACGGAAAGGAGGAUCGGGAAGAAACCAGACCUUGAGGGAACACCUGCAAGUGUCGGCCAUAUGCUAAGGGUUGCCAGCAGACAAACAGAAUCAGCAGAUUCCUGAAGACCCCACAUAAAGAACUGUACAGCAGCACUAACCAGUGGAAUACUCAGUUUUGAAUUGCCUGGAUCAAGAAUGCAGUGGCAGUUAAACCACUGAGGGUGGUGAUCUGUCUGCCAGCACAUAUUUUUAUUUCAGUUGACAUUAAGUAGUACGUGUCUAACAUAUGCUUUACAUGAAGAAAAUGGCUCAGAGCUGGAGGAUUCUCUUCAUAUUAUGCGCAGCAUAAAAGAUACUGGUCAAGAUACAAAGAAGAAUGUUAAAUAAGGUACCAUUUCAGCCUUUUGACAUUUUGAUGAAAACUCAUCAUCUGGAAACUAUAAUCAGUGUUACAGAUGAAGAAAAUCUAAACGUUUGGUUCUAACAAGCUAACUAUGACUGUUUUGUUUUGUUUUUAAUUAAUUACCGGACUGUAUUUAAUCAUGAGAUACAUGUGUUGUGUUCUGUGUUCUGAGUUCAUGUGAAGUUUGAUUUUGCGAAGAUGUGCUUUGUACCAAAGGCUCCCAUACAUAGAGCAGCCCAUUUACAUAUAAUAAGUGAAGUCUACACUGUGCCCAGAUAAAUAAUAUUAAAGACAGACUUGCCCAAAAGAAAUGUGCCUUGCUCAAUUAAGCAUUCUCUUAUUUUCUAAUUCAAAAUUAUAGAUUUAAAAAUUAGUCGUACGGGUAGGUUUUAGUUGAUCUUAACUUCAUGGAAAUAUAUUAGUACUUACUAUAUGUUUGUCAUAUAUCAACUAAAACUUUAACAUUUAAUUAAUACUUUGAAACAGUUCAUAUAUUAUGUAUUAAUUCAAUUUUAUUUUCAUGGGAUGUUUGAUGUAGUGAGACAAAGCACAUUCCAAAAAGCUAUACAUAUAUAUAUACAUUAUAUAUAUAUAUAUAUACUUAUAUAUUUCAUCUGAUGUUUAUAGCUUUUCCUUCAAAAUUAUAAGUGUAAAAGAUUCCUUGACUCAUUUCUAUUUUUAUAUUCUUUUAGAAAUGGAGCUCUUUUUCAACUAAAAGAAAAAAAAACACAAGAUUUUAGUUGGAAAAGAGAUUUAGGAGGUCAUGAGGAUCGUUUCCCAUUUGGGGACAUUUCACUUCUGUGCCAUUAUCAAUGUAUUUACUGUGACAUUUCAGCAGAAUGGUAGCUAUUUGUAUAUUAUUUUAUAAGCCUUAUGGAAAGUCAAACUGUGAACAUUUAGUAUAUAGAAUCUAGUAUACGGAAGAGUUUUUUUUCAUUUCCAUAUUUUAUUUUCAAAAGACAUCUGAACAAGCACAUAAAUAACCACUCUCCUGCUACUUAAAUGCAUCACAAUGCUAAAUUAUGAUAAGAACACUUAUGGAAUUUUAGUUUCCAUAAAAAUAUUUCAGUGACAAAGCCAAUAUUUUAAAAAACACUUUUGGGUUCCCUAUAGAAGGAACUGCAGGUGAUGAAUUUCAUUAAUAUAGAAGAAUCAUUAACUAAACAAUCAUACACCUACUAGCAACAAAACAGAUGGAUAGGAGGUACAAUCCAGGUAAUGUCUACAAUGAAUUUUUCACAAUCUGCUGGUAAUUUCUUUGUGAUCAAAAUUGAAGCCCAGAUCACAAUAGGAAAAAGAGAAGUAAAGGAAUGAUGACUAUCUCAAAUGUGAGCUAUGUGAACCUUUAAUCAUGAUGAUUUGUGACUAAAAUAGAGCCCCCACUUUAUUUUUUUUUCUAUGUUUGCCCAGGUAGUAGAGAUACUGUCCCAGGAAACAGCCAGUCCAUGGCAGCCAACUUAAUCCCCAUAACUGAUGAUCACAGCCUGGUUAGCAAGAAAAUAAUCUAUAACAGCAAUGAGGACGAUUGAAACAAACUGAUGAACGGUGUGAUAGGAGUUCUAGACAUUCAGAUAUUUUAGAAAGGAUUGGUAGGUCUUACAAAAAUAGACACAAAAAUUGCUUUCAUAAAUCACCAGUGGUACAACUUUAAGCAUUAUAGUAUAUAUCGUAUCUGAGUCAUUAUCAUAAGCUGCAGCUUAAAAUAAAGACAAAACCUGAACUUUUACAGUAAAAGGACAGAAUAGUAUCAAAUGAGAAACCUGUCACACCAGAUACAGAGUAGAAAUAGCACCAGCCUAGAUAAUGGGGGACAGAAUUCUUGCUCACGUCCUACCUGUGGGACCCUAGGUAAGACAGUAACCAUUGCUAGGCUUCAGUUUGCCAGGUGUGCUGGUUCAGUAAUCUCCAAAGCCCUUUACAGCCUCCAAACCUUGUUAUGCACAUUUCUUGAAAAAUGCUUUGAAGAAUGCUGUCUUUUGCCUUUCUGAAGAAAAGAAUAAAUUGAAAUAAGAUUUAAGCCUUGAAAGUAUCAAGCUGAUCAUUCCUCCAUUGGGUGUGAGAAGAGGAAAUAGGAUUCUUUAUCCUCUAAGAAUUUUCACUCAUCUAUAAUGGGAACAUGAAAAGGUAAAGAAAAAAAAAUCACUGGUGAAGGGAAACAGAUUAAUAGCUAGAAAGUGGGGAGGAUAUUUGUUAAAUAUAUGUUCAAAAUAAUUUGAUGUUAAGGUGAUUUUCAAAUUGUAUUUGAAAUGCUAACAUGGUUCAGAGCUUUAUUGCACACUCAAAAUUUUAAGGUGGAAGAAAGAGUAAUAGGGAUCUCUUGAUUCUUUUUACACAAGAGAGCUUUUAAGCAGGUAAAUGGCUCUGCCAGUGACUCUUAAUUACCCCCAAGAAAGUCCCUUUAACUUCUCAGAGCCCACAAUUCUUUGCCUGUUAAGUGAAGAAUUUAAAUUUAGUAAUCUCUGUUUCUUUUUAUCUUCAAAAAUUCUAUGACACUUUAAGAUGGUUAUAAUUUAUGCAUACAUGUACAUGUUGUCCCCCGCCCCCGUCACUAAGAUGCCACAUCUCUCUACUUACGUGACUAAACAGAUUGCAAAUCCAAAUGUUCAUGUUUCUACUUUUACUAAUUGACCUCAACAAGACAUUAAAAAAGGUAAAUCUUAUUUUCAUUCUGACCAUAGCUUACUUAUGAUUUCUUAUUUUAUCUUGGAAUGCAGAGUUAGUUACCUAAACAGAAUAUCUGUUCAAGUUACUCUUCAAAUUUUUGUAGUUUAAUAAACAUUUAGCAUAUGAGAAUCAAAAUAUUGUGCUCACCAAUGAACUAUAGCUGAUUGUAAGGUACAUCUUUGUCACACUUAAAAGUUAAUCCCCUUUUGGUCCCAGAAACAAUGACUGUAGUAUAAAAUAAAACUUUGCGAAUUUAUCUGGAUACAAAGGAGGCCUAAUAGAGUCAGAUUAUAACUAAUUUUGCUCAGGAGUGAGAAAUAAAAUUCAGGGAUAACCCAAACACUUUUGCUUGGCAUUAGCGGACAGUUUAAAAAAAAGAAGGGUAAUAGCUUUUGCACAACAAAGUUAACAGGUAACUGUACCCACUGACAAACAGGAUUUAUUCUGGAUGCUGGUUUUAUGGUAGAAAGAGGUUAGGUUAGAAGAAUGCUAGAAUUUGGACACUAGAGAAAUUAUUAAAAUGCUAGCAAUCCAUUUGAAUAAUACAGAAAUAUUUUGUCAUACUGAGAUUAUUUGUCCAGAAGUUUAGUCUUAUAUCCCUUCCAUUCAGAAAAGGGGGCAAUUUUUAAAGGCCUCUGUCAUAAUAGGAAAUGUAUAUUUUGACUAGUAGAGAAACUAAGUAAAACAUUUAAUCUAAUAAUUUUGAGUUUUGUGAAUCUGAAUUUUCACUUUAGGUGUAAUUGAGUGUCUUAUGUGUUAGUGUUAGUGAUCUUUGUGAGAAGUGAUUUCCUUGUUUUUUUUAAAGUUGGUGAAAUUUGCAAAGUGGUGAUUCUGGCAUAUUGUGUUAAUACUCUAUCUUUCAACCAUUUGUGAACUGACUGUACUAAACAAACCAUAGUAGUAUCUCUUCUGGUAAAUUGUUUCUAUGGUGUGAUCUCUUAAUGCUGGGUUUGGGGUGGGGGAGGUUAAGUAUUUAGUUUCAUCAUCAAAUUGUCAAAGUGUUUUUCUUAAAUGCCAUAAAAUUGUGUGACUAUAAACCAAAUAAAAAUAUCCUCUUUUUUUUUAAUUUUAAGGGCCUUGUAUAGACCAUUUUGGGAACUACACCAUAAAUGGUAUCAUUUAUGUUUAAAAGUUUAUAUAUAUAUAUAUAUAUAUGUGUGUGUGUGUAUAUAUAUGUGUGUAUAUAUAUACACAUGCACACACACACAAGGGAAAGCAAAACAGUGUAUUUUGUAGAAUUUCUAUGUAAUAUGCAAAAUGUUUUAAGAAUGGUUUUGAAAUACCCCAGAGAUGGUAAUUAUGUAGUGAUCAGAAUAACAAAUACCACUUCAAGUUUUUCACUUGUUUAUUUACAUAGAACAUUUAUAUUCUACUUGGUAAAGAUCAUGCCUAUAUUGUAUUUAAUUUCUAAAACAUCCUCAUGAAGUGUUGGUUCCACCUGAAGUUUAGAGAUUGAACAAUCUAAAUAAGUGUAGAAGGCUCAAAUGACUUGUCCAAGAUUGUCUGGUCAAUAAGUGGCUCUAGAUCUCAUGUUCUUUAGACUUUCACCCUCUGUCAUGUUGUAUUCAUCCUAUUACUGCCUUUAUGUUUAAAACUUUGACUAACAUUUAAUUUUAAAAGAAAUUUGGAAAAUUUGAGGGUUUGGUGAAAAUGCAUUGCUGCUAUUAUCAACAGACCUUUUUAGAUACUUCCGAACUAGUCCUUCACCAAGAAUAUUCCACCUGAAACUUAUUAAGUUCACUCACCCUGACCAUAGACAGUAGAUUCCUUUGAUAUUGAAAUGCUAGACUGAAAAAUGAUCUUCCUCACUGAUCUAAUUUCCUUUUUAAAAAUCCACUAUAAUGACUGAUUUCUGAACAGUUGAAAGAAGCAAUACAAGAAACUGUAGCCAUUCUGAUACAGAGAGAAAAAAAAUUACUAGAACCACCAAGUUAACCAUUUUCUAGACUCUUAUUUCUCAUCACACACUUUCUGUGAUUAGGAGAGUACAAGGAAGGGAAAGUGGGGAAGAAAACUAUAUUUUAAGAAAACUCAUCUUUUCUGUAAUUAUACAAAAGAUUUGAUUAUCAGAUAUUAAGGUAGCAGUAUUACUAACAUUUAACCAUAGUUCAAAUAUUUGUUAAACUUUCUCCACAUAUUUGAAAAUGCACUUAAGAGUUUUCCCAGCUAAAAUCUAAUGACUGUUCAGUUUGAAUGUGGAGAACGUUCAUGCAUUAAUCUAGGACAAAUACAUUUUUAUUCCUUUUCAAACAACAGGUAGGCACUGUUAAUGCUUUCCCUUGUAAGUCAACAGUCUGUGAUACAUUAUGUACUUUUACUGACUCGCAAUGCAAUGCUACUGUGAAUAUUUAAGUGAACAUGUGCUUAUUAUAUAAGAAAUUAAAAUUUUCUAACCUUAAAGUUAGUUCUCUUCAUCAAAUAGAUAAGUCAAACAAGUACUAUUUUGUAUGGAAUGAAGUAAUAAUCAUUCUUAAUUAUAAUAACAAAUAAUGGAAUUCUGAAUAUGAUGUAAAACCAAACAUACAUUUUUUUAAAAUUUUUUCUAUAUUCAUUUUUUUGACAUUGAUUUAUGUUAAUUUAUCACAUAUUGAUGUAAAAUUAAAAUAAGCUCGUAUACUAUGUUCUCUGAUGUUCUUGUUAUAAUUGUGGGCCUUCUGUUAAGUAAACAGCAGUAAAUGCCUGUGAGUUUUGAUUUUCUGAUGUUUUCAUCUAAUCCAUUUUUCAAAUUUGUCAUUGGAUUUAAAGUAUUUUCAUUGCAAAUAUUGCAUACAUAAUUCAAUAAAAGACCCCAAAAAACUCCGGUUGCUCAUA